UUCGGGCCCACCAAGCCACGCCCAUUUAUACUCCCUGCAUGUCACACCAACUGCCAUUCCACUGUUUCUCCUCUUCAGCACAGCAGCGCAGUCUUCCGUGCUUUACAAGAAUGUAGUGUACAUUCCCCGCCGCAGAAAUGGUGCACGUCUAUAACUGCCACCCGUUCGCGUCGCAGCAGAUCGUGGCGGUGGAGCAGGAGCCCGGGCUGGUGUGCUGCGGCGGCGGGGCGCUGUUCGUAGUGUCGGCUGGAGGCUGUAAGAUCGAGGUGUACGACCUGCAGCGGGAGGGAUGUCCGCUCAUCUGCCGCUUCAGCAGCAUGGGCUCGGUGCACAGUAUCCGUCACAGCGCUGUGGGGAACUAUCUAGUGACCAUUGAGGAGAAGAACAAGGUGACGUAUCUCAGAGCAUAUACUAACUGGAGGUACCAGGCUGCUGAGAAGACCCGUGUCGGGGUACGUCUGCUGGGUCACCUCCUGCGGGGCUCAUCUUUCCGCUGUGCUCCUAAAGAACAGAUGGAGAUCAUAGAGAUCCCGCUGUUUGAACCACCACUGUGUAUGGCGUGCUGCCCUCUUACAGGUGAUCUCCUGGUGGGCUGUUCCAAGAGUCUGGUGGUCUUCAGUCUGAAGCGGCAGACACUGAGCGAGCAGCUUUCUGUGCUGGACUUUGAGCGGGUUCUGAUUCUUCACCUGCAGGGCUGGAGCCCGUCUCAGGUGGCGUUCUGUUGUGGAUACGUGGCCCUGCAGAGCGAUAUUGAGGUGCUGGUGGUUAAGCUCAUGCAUCAGCAGAAGAACAGUCAGGCCACAGGGGAACAUGCACUUCUUCCAGAUGAUACCAUGAAUGAAGCUGGCUUAGAUGAAGAUGCAGAGAUGAAGAAAGAUGGCUUCAGCCCCCUCUAUGAACAAAAAAACUUCUUUGUGUUCCCGAAGCAUCAGGAGAUGUUGGGCAGUGAAGCUCAGGAUUGUGGAGUCUCUAUAGUUCUGGAGUGGACCGGUAUAGAGGCAGAGAGCCUAGGGGACAUAAGUGUAGUUUAUGUCUUAUACAGGAGGUUUGCACCUGAUUUCUUUGAAGGUUGCAGUGUGGAGGAAACACGUUUGCAUUCCCUGCAGCUCCACCCCUUAUUUACUGAUACGGAUGAAGAAACCACCAUCUCCAAAUGCCGGGAACCUACUUGUAUGUUUAUUUUCUUCUCGUUGCCGAACACCAGCUACAUAUACAGCUUGAAGAACUCAGUGGAGCUCGUGUCCACAUACCAGUACCCAGAGAAGGCCCUUCAGUCUGUGCUAAGUGACCAGUUUCUCUACGUCAUCACCAGGAACGCUCUACAGUGUUUUACUGUGAGGUGCAGUGCAGUAGCAGCUCGGGUGGAUGAUCCAUACGUUGACACCACCGUGAAGGCCUGUCCGCCCUUCACGAUGGAGGUGUGUGCUCUUAGGAUCCAGCUCUUCAUCGGCCUGAAGCUUCUCUGUCAUGAUGGGAAUCAGAUUGUUCUCCUCACGGCUGCAGAUGUGGACCGCAGAGAGGACAUGGACAGAUCCAACCGCAAAAACAUUGAAUCGAGGGAACACAGAACCCUGACAGACAUUUUAGUAGCUGUAGGUCUAGAGCCAUCUUCAACAGCCGCUCUGGAAAACCUUCUGUCCAGAUCCUUCCUAUGCAGAAAGAUCUCCAUGUCCAAAUCUACAGAGCCGGCUGACAUCGUUCACGGCUGGAACCUCUAUGUCAUCAGUUCUGUGUCCACACUGCAGCUCUACAGAGAAAUAGUGGAAUACAGCAGGAGAUAUGAGCAGUCGAGUCCUAUGUCUCAGAGCUGUGUUCAUCUGCUCAGUGAAGCUCAUUUGCUGCUGCAGGCGGCACUGCUCACACGACAGACCUAUGAGCCUGAGGAGAGAGCUCAGCUGCAGGAUGCCUUUCAGGAGAGCUGUGCUCACUUAGGUGACUGCUUCAGCAGGUUUGACCAGAAGGACUGUCAUUUGGCCCUGCCGUACUAUAAGAUGUCUGGUCUGUCUGUGACUGAUGUUAUUGAGAGGAAUAUGACCAUGUGCAGAUUCUCUGGAUACGGCAAAGGUUUCAUCUUCUUCCUCAAACAUUCACUCUUUGAGGAAACUGUGGAGGAGCUCAGUGAGGACAUGGCUACUAAAGUGCUGGAGAUCUUUAGUGUAGCUGAACCUGCGCAGCUUCCUCAUGUGGUGAGCAGUCCGUCCAUGCUGAGAGCAGAUCCUGAUAUCGCCAUGACCCACCUGACACAGCUGGAGGGCUCCGGGGCCCCGUCCAUCACCCUGUCCCUCUGUAUGGCCUCCCUGGCACUGAGGAAGGGGGACCUGCACAGUUACAGGCAGCAGAUGGACUGCCACGCUGAGAUGAUGCAGGUGUACGGCUUCAUAGAAGAGCCCAAACUCUUGGUGCACAGCAGAGGAAAAAGCGUGCUGCCCACUGAACUGGCACGACACCUGCGAGACUCACAGGAGGGGCUGCUGGUGGCUGCAGUCAUAGCGCUGCACGAGAAUAGCAAGAUCAGACUGAAGGAGGCCGAACUCUUCUUCCAGGAGUUGUGUAGGGAUGGUGCUGAAGUUCACAGCAGUCCUCAGUUGCUGGUGGAUUUCUGGGAGGCUCUGUUGGUGGCAUCCAGUCAUGACUCCAUCAUACAAGAGCUGCUCUUCCGCCUAUCGUCCAUCUACAUCGACCGCAUCACAUGCAGAGAUCACUCCGCCGUCAAAGCACUCAAAACCGCAGAGGACCUGAUAAACUCUUGCUCACAUUAUGGGAUGUUAUAUCCGUGGGUGAGCAUCCUGACACCAGUACAGUCCAACAUCACUCAUGACCAUCAAGAGGACCUACAUAAACUGCAGUCUUUGCUGUGCGGCCCAUCACUAGAGGUUUCGUCCAUCUUGCCUCUGUUGGAGCAGUUGUCGGACACCGAUAACAGCGGUCUGAGCGUGCACGUGCUCUGUGCCACCAAACUGGGCCAACACGAGAGCUCCAUUGACAGACUAUUGGAGCACUGUCCGCAAGCCAUCAUCUCUUACGCCAACCACGAGCUACAGAACGACAAACUGUGUCUGUGGUGGCAGAAGCUUUUCCCUGAACUCUGUGAGAGAACCAGAAAAUUAGGAAAUGACAACACAAUCCUGCUCUCAGCAUUCAAAGAAACUCUGCAUGUGGUGUCUGUGGAGUUGAACCCGCUGGAGUUUCUGGACUUGCUGCCAGAUGAUGGAACAGCUCAUUUCUUCCUGCCUCAUCUGCUCGAAUGCAGCCAGAGGAAUCUCAUGACAUGAUGACUAGUCAUUCAGACAAUCAAUAAUUAUUGCAUCAUUCAACAUUACAUCUGUUUAAAGAUGAGUGAUUUGAUCUGAGAAAAAAAGUAUUAAUCAAUAUUUUAUUUUUAAUGUCCUUAAAAAAAGAUUUGGCAGUAAGAAAAACAAAUCUAUAAAAAAUAUCUAUAAAAAGAUCUUAAUAAUCUAAUAAUCUUGAUAAUCUUUUAAACAAGUCUUAAUAUCUAACACACUUUUGUCUUUCAAAUCAGUUAAUCUUUAGGAAGUUUAGAUAUAAUAUGUAUUAUAAUGAUUGACAAUGUGAUGUACAAAUAAAGGUGAGAUUGUUUAUUUUAUUUGAUUGAUAUUUAGGUUUGCACUGAAUUUGUUCUGUAACUCUCUUUCAUUUCUUGAUGUCAAAUGUCUGUGUACAUUACCCAUAAUGCAUGCCAUCUCAUAUUUCAAAUUGAAUAACAGUAUGUUUGUUUUUAAAUUAUAUUGAAUUACAGCAUCUGGUUUACUGCUCAUUUUCUAAAUAUUAUUAUUAUUAUUAUUAUUUUAAACUAACAACUUUUAUUGAUUCCAUUCAAAAUUAAAUAAAUGUUACAGAAAAUACAGAAUCAAAUGAUAUAAAUUAAACCCCUCCCC